AAUGAUCUAUAAAAAAGAUAAAACUAAAGUUAAUUAAAAAUAUUUUAGUUAAGGAUAAACACUGUUUAAUAUUAUAUUGAAAACAUAUAGUACUUUUUCUAUUUCUCUGUCAAUUGUCAAACAAAGCAUUUUAAUGAAUUGACUAACUGACGUUUCAUUACAGAUGCCAGAGGUUCCCGGGUCAUAAGUGGAUUUUGAGACCACUUCUCUACAAAUCUUGGCCAUAAAUGUUACUUCCAACACAAUAUCAGAUAUUUCCAUCCUCAUCUUUAUGCUGGCAGUAUCAAAUCUGAGCUUCUGAUCAUUGUACGGGACAUGAGUAAGAAUAUAAAGCUGUCUCCCUCUGGUGGAUCAGUGGAUGAAGGAGCUCAGGUAACGGCAGGGGGCCCAGACGGAACUCUUAAGAUGUCAGUGGAUUAACAUGUGAGCAUACAGGCUGCUUUUAGCCUUCUCCAGUCACCUUCUCCUUAUACACUGUAAGAGCUGCACCUGAUGAGCACGUCUCCUGACAAACGGCGUCUUCAUGGUGCAGUUUCACCACUUCAUUCUUUAGGAUGAAGAAUGUAAAGAUCUUCUAUUUGCCACAGAUUUUCGUCUUUGUGCACGCCUGCUUUGCCCAGGCAGACUUUGCUCCCUACUUCUUCGACAACGGGCCCUACAGCCACAAUGGGAACCUGGCCUUGUUCAGCUUAUCAGAGGACACACCUGUUGGUACACAGAUCUACUGUCUCAACGGCACAGACCCUGAAGGUCAGGAGGUGAGGUACGGCCUAUCCUUUGAUCCUGGCUCCAGAGAGUACUUCAGGGUCGACCCCAAAUCUGGAAACAUAACUUUGGUGGAAAAGUUGGACAGAGAGAAUCAAGACUCGAUCGAUGUACUUGUCAGCAUCACAGAUGGUCAAAGCAAGGUUGUGGAAAGAGUUACUAUAUUUGUAAUGGACGCCAAUGAUGAGAAGCCGGAAUUUCAAAACGUGCCGGCAUUUAUUGAUGCAUCAGAAACAACAGAGUCAGGCAGCAGCAUCUACAAAGUGGAGGCAGUGGACAGAGACACGGGCUCCGGAGGAUCAGUCACCUUUUACCUCCAGAAUCCUCAGACGUCCAUGUUUGCGGUUGACAGACACAGCGGCGUCGUUCGUAUCAAAUCCGGAGAGCAGUUGGACUAUGAGAAAACAAAGACACACUUUGUCACUGUCAUAGCAAAGGACGGAGGCGGUAAUUUUAACGGCAAGGAGCAGUUUCUGUCAUCAUCUGCUACUCUGACCAUCAAUGUGAUGGAUGCACAAGACACUCCUCCAGUUUUUAGCGGGACACCAUAUUUCGGCUACAUUUAUGAGAUCUCUCUGCCUGGGUCAGAAAUAUUCACAGUUGUUGCCAAAGAUGGUGACGUAGGAAAUCCAAAUCAGAUUGAAUAUUCCUUUGACGAUGUCGAUGAGGGCGUUUUUAGCAUCAAUAAAACAACUGGUUCCAUCUACCUGCUGACUUCUCCGAGUAAUCUGAGGAGAGAGAACUACGACAUGAAAGUGCGGGCGACAGAGGUAGAUCCUGAGGGCAGACCCAUGGACCACAGUGUAACUCCAGUGGUCAUUCGUGUAGUGGACCUCAACAACAACCCACCGACGUUCUACGGAGAGAAGGGCCCACAGAACAUGUUUGAGUUGACCAUGUAUGAACAUCCGCCAGAGGGGGAGAUGCUGAGAGGACUGAAAAUAACCGUCAACGACUCUGAUCGGGGUGCGAACGCUAAGUUCAACCUAAGGCUCAUUGGACCAGGGAGGAUGCUGCGGGUCGUUCCUCAGACUGUGCUCAAUGAGGCUCAGGUCACAAUACUAGUAGAGGACUCUGCUGCCAUGGACUAUGAGAAAUACCAUUUCCUCACAUACAAGCUGUUAGCCAUUGAAAUCGAUACUCCGGAGAGAUUCAGUGCCACGGCCGACAUCGUCGUCCAUCUCCUGGACACCAAUGACAACCCUCCCAAGUUCUCCUCGGAUUAUUACAUUGCCAGAAUUCCUGAAAAUUCGCCCGGUGGCUCUAAUGUGGUGUCCGUCACGGCAGUAGAUCCGGACUCUGGACAAUGGGGUGAAGUUAAGUACUCCAUCUAUGGAUCUGGAGCUGAACUUUUUCUCAUCCAGCCGACCUCUGGGAUUAUCUACACCCAGCCUUGGGCCCGUCUGGACGCUGAGGUCAGAUCCAAGUACAAUUUCUAUGUAAAGGCAGAGGAUGUGGACGGGAAGUACAGCUUGGCUGAAGUAUUUGUGACGGUGCUGGACCUCAACGAUCAUCCGCCCGCUUUUAACAACAACUUCCUGGAGAAGACAAUGGUCAUUGGAGCACCAGUAAAGAUUGAGGCUGUGGAUGACGACGCAGAGGUUCCCAACAACGUCAUCGAGUACGCUAUCAUGAAAGCAGAGCCGGACAGCAAUAUCUUUGACAUCAACCCUGACACUGGGGAGAUCAUGCUCAAGUCCUUCAUCAAGUCCAUGGCUGUUAUUCAGAACAUCACCAAGCAGAAAGAUUUCACCUGGUCGCUGGUGGUGCAGGCCAGAGAUCGAGGACAGCCGUCCUUCAGCACCACAGCAGUGGUCAAGAUUGACAUCACUGAAGCUACCCAAGUCAAAAAGGGGCCUUUGGGACCAUUUUUAAUACAGAAUAGAAACAGUCCUUUGCAAAUCCUAGGCGUUCUCGCUGGGGUCAUUAUUCUCAUGGUCUUAGUCACUGUCAUCAUCUCCACCGCAACUUUCAUGCGCAACAAAAAGUCCAACCGCAUCCUGCCCAACCGCCGGGUGAGGAGGAGACAGAGGACGCAAAGCCACUGGACCUUCAGAAACCCCUUCAAAGCAGCAGAAAAUACAGGACAGAGUUUCAAAGUAGAGGAAGAAGAAGCUCAGGAGCCACGGGCCGACGUGGAGAACGUGAACUGUAACAACAACGUCAGCAAUGUCGUCAGACACUGGCCUCCGCCGCCACCGCCUCCUCCGCCCUGUGCCCCGUCUCUGCCUCCUCCACUCCCACCGCCAACAGGACACAGGCCGUGGGCGGUGCCCACCGUCUCUGCCUCGGUGGCGGCCAAACAGAAAAAGAAGGCAGCGGUGGUGAGCAGAGAAGAAACGGUGAACAAAGCGUUGGUUUCAGAGCUGAAGCUGAGGCUGGAGCAGAAGAGGAUCAAACACCAAUAGUGCUUGUUGAGAUGAGAGUGUGAACCACAGGUC